AUCCGUACAAGCAUUCUAAACGAUUUUCAGUCUGCUGACGUAUUGUUUAUGUGACGCGGUAGUUUCUGGUGGACGGAGCCUAAACCAUGUGAAAUCUAAAAUUCCCUUCUGUAUCUACCAUACGGACGAGUCCCCGUCCUUAUCAGCGGCCAGUAUAGCCGUUUUUCCUCGAGAAAUAUGUAAACAACAUCUGACAUCUCGCUGCAUGAACAGCGGAGUACGGUUACGGCUAUAUCUCGCGCCACCACAUACCACAUCCGCCUAACCGGCAUUGACUGCUUGUGGCCGGCACUUGCCGUCUUCGGCUUCAACGUACAACUGCAAACUGCAUUCCAUCGGCCGUUUUAUCAUCCCAUCGGCUGAGUUCAGAGUGAGACUGUUUAGUAAUUGCAUCCUUCGGCUCGUUGCAGGCGGUUAGACAGUUUCAAGUUUUCUUCUACAAAAGCAGUCAUUACUGCGGCUGUCACCAGUAGCAUGGAUGACACUGACAGAGGCGGAUAUGUGCUUCUCAGUCACUGCCGCCGUCGACGGAAGGAAGAAACCCCGGCCCCAUCGACCAUGUCUGCAUCGAGAACUGACCGCCGUUGGCAAGGGCCAUGCGAUAGCGGACAAUUCGCUGCGGGGCGUCGACGGGGUGUCAUCAUGUUCCUGCCAGCCCCCCUUCGAUGCCUCGGAGAGCCGAUGCAGUGGAAUCGGAGAUCGCGGCGAGUAUUGAGCCUUCCCUGCCAUCCCUGUUCCGUGUUGGCCACAACGUGGAACGUUCCGAUGGAUAUUUAUAUUCCGAUCGACAAGUACGACGGGCCCUGGCUGGUGGAGAUAGGCUCCACGGAUUUUGUUAUAGACCGACUGAAUGCUGAUAACUGUCUACGAACUUUGGAAGAGGCUGUCCGUUGGCGUGCCGAUGCCGUUGUCGAGAAGUGCUGGGCCAUGGUGGAUGCGCAGGCCGACGCGGUUCUGCGGUCAGCGCAGUGGACGGCCAUCUCGCUGGACACGCUGAAGAAGAUCCUGCAGCGCAGCACGCUGGGCGUUGGCGAGCUGGACGUCUACAAGGCGGCGGACAGGUAA